UCAGAGGGAAAGCUCGCCGCGGACCAGGACGGUAGUUGAUUGAGACAACGACAACAGACCCGUUGUCCAGGCCCUGCGUCACAGAGAGGCUAAGUCGGCCCCUCAAGCGGCAACCACGCCGAAAUGGAAAAGGACGCGGACAAGACCUACAAUUCUGAGUCGGACCGGACAGAGGGCGACGCCUCCAUCCGAAUUCCCGACGACAAGACUGUCGAAGCCGCUGACGCCGAGGUCGGGAACCCUCCGGCACGCGUCGACCCGCCGCCUUCCGCCCCGAACGAGAUACCCGAUGGCGGACUGACAGCCUGGAUGCAGGUGGUCGGCUCGGCCGCGAUCCUGGUCAACACGUGGGGCGUGAUCAACACCUUUGGCGUCUUCCAGGCCUACUACGAGACCGAGCUGCUGAAGGACCACCCAUCGUCGGACAUCUCGUGGAUCGGGUCCCUCCAAGGCGGCCUGCUCUUCCUCGUCGGCGUUAUCGCCGGCCCGCUUUACGACUCGGGCUACUUCCGGGAGCUGCUCCUGGUGGGGCUGUUUCUAAUCGUGUUCGGGCAGUUCAUGACGUCGCUGUGCACGGCCUUCUGGCAGGUCAUGCUCGCGCAGGGAAUCACGAUGGGCAUCGGCAUGGGGCUGACCUUCCUCCCCUCGGCGGCCAUCCUGGGUCAGUACUUCUCGCGACACCGGGCACUGGCCCUGGGGCUGGCCAGCGUCGGGUCGCCCGUGGCGGGCGUCAUCUUCCCUGUCAUCUUCGACCGGGUGCGGCACGCCGCCGGGUUUGGCUGGGCGACGCGCGCGAUCGCCUUCAUCCUGCUCGGCAUGUCGGUCAUCCCCAUCGCCUUCAUGCGCAUGCGGGUCCCGCCGACGGGCAAGGCGCGCGCACUGAUCGACACGAGCGCGCUGCGAGAUGUGCCCUUUCUGUUGUUCGUCGCGGCCGGGCUGUUCUCCUUCCUGACGCUGUACGUGGGCUUCUUCUACAUCCAGCUGUUCGCCACCUCGCAGAAGACGACCAGUGAGAGUUUCGCGCCGUACCUGGUCACGCUGCUGAAUGUGGGCUCCAUCUUCGGGCGUGUCAUACCCAACGCGUUCGCCGACCGCUUCGGUUCUCUCAACUUGAUCAUCGUGUGCAUCUUCGCCAGUGCCGUCCUGGCGUUUGGCUGGGUGGGCAUCACCAACGUGGGCGGAUCUGUGGUGUGGGUGCUGCUCUACGGUGCCUUCUCCGGCGGCGUGGUCAGUCUGACGCCGAGCGUCAUCGUCGGCCUCACUCCAGAUAUGGGACGCGUCGGGGCGAGAAUGGGCGUGGCCUUUGUGGUCUCGGGUAUAGCAAUCCUCGUUGGAACCCCGAUCGCCGGAGCAAUUCUGGGUGACCAGCAUAACCCACGUUGGUUGGGGAUGAUAUUAUACUCCGCCUUUGGAAUGUUGCUGGCGACCCUGUUCUACGCUGCGUCGAGGCUUUUGUUGUACAAGCAUAAAGGGACCUGGAAGGCCUGAAUCUCAAUGAAAGGAAUCGCAACUGUAUCAUCGCAUCUAUCGCAUUUUGGAGGCUUAGACGCGUCUUGGAAAACGGAGGUCUUUAGCCAACCCGCUGGGUUUAGAUAGAGCAAGGCAUUAUGAAAUGGGAUGCUUACCCGGUAUGGAUCUGCAGAGCCCG